AUGUCUACCGCUACGGGUGCUCUUCCCCCCCCUCCCGGAUGCGGUUCGGGCCCUCGUUAUGGCUACUAUACCAAUAAGUCGGACCGCUGUUGCGCCCUGGGCGAGUACCUAGUGGAGGGUGACUCCUCCGACGAGGAGUUUGCACCUCCGGAGGAGCGCAACGUCUAUAUCCUGGUUGAGGCCCGCCCUAAGGUCGGGGCCGUACCGGGCGCUUACGCCGUCCUGUCGCCCGAGUUUCUGGCCCUGGGCCGGGUUUGGGCUUGCACCCUGGCUCUGGCCGAGAUAGAGCCUGCUCCUAUGCGCCCUGCCUAUACCCUUGCCCCCGUACCGGGUGUUAUCUCUCCCCCCGCCGCCGCCGACGAUAAUAACGACCCGAACCGCACCCUUAUCCUUACUGCUAACGCCUUAACCCUAACUUAA